AUGUGCGAAACGUGUAUCAAAUUUUUUAACGAUCAAAAACAGCUACAAGAAAAUACAGAAGACGAUACAUCGUUACUUUUUAAUCCUGACCGUAUUUUGCGCUACAACUCAAUGAGAGAAAAAUUCGAAAAGCUGGAAUAUUUGAAACCCAAUCAAAGUGCAUUAUGUUCUGUUAAAUUUACGAAGAAUUUGCAAGGGAAAAUCUUAAGAGUAGCAAUAAAUACGAAAGAUCCGUAUACGCAUUUAAAGGAAAAUAACACAGUAGUGGGUGGAUUUUUGGGUGACGUUUGGACAAUCUUAGAAAAAGCGUUAAAAUUCAGGUCUAUUUAUACAUCAUGCAAUAAUAUUUCCGAACUGCGCAAUGGAGCCUUUGACAUUACUUUAGCUGCAACAACAUUGAUUGCACAACCAACAGUAUAUUAUGUACCAAGUACUGUAAUUGGCCAGAAAUCAUACUCACUUUUUACGGUUCCGGAAGGUACAUUCAUUUCAAAAUGGUGGUACAUUCGUAUAUUUCAUGUGUACGUUUGGACAUUAUCAAUGCUUUUUGUACUUUUAUUGACUUUAAGUAUGAUUGGUAUUUACAAUAUAAAAAGUAAAUUAUGCACAAACAAUGAAUCAUGCGAUGAGUUUGGUUGUACGUCUUUUAAUUUACUAUGUAUUCUUGGAGCAACAAGUGGUCAAGGUUUUCAGAAAAUACCUCGUUCGUGGUCUUUGCGAAUAUGUACUUUUACUGCUUUGAUAAUGGGAAUGUUACUUUCAUGCGGAUUUAACAGUACCUUAACUUCAUAUUUAGCAUUUCGUGCUCCAUUUGUAGCAGUAUAUGAACUUGAAGAUGUUUGGAGAAAAAUGACUCACUCAAUUUGCGUACGGGAUCAGACUUACGCUUAUAACGAACUUCAAAUGUCUAUUGAAGGAAAUAACGAACCAAAAUCUGUGAAAAAUAAAAAAAAGCUAUUACUGAAUAGGAAAUGUCCUAAUAUGACAAACGAAGUGGAAUUUAGAAAAAAUAUUUGCAGUCCAGGAUUUUUAUUUCUCGAAACGCCUGAUAUAUUUUUAAAGCAAUAUCAACAUGUUCAAGAUAAAUGCCAAAUUAUAAAAGUUCGUGGUAGUUAUUGGAGAGCAAAAAUAUCAUUUUUACAUUACAGAGGGUCUAAGUAUUGGAAGAUUCUCAAUACGUACCUACUGCGGUUACAUUCUACGGGUAUUAUCAAAUAUUUGGAAACAAAAUGGGGGUUUCAUCGUGAGCUACCAUUUGGAAUAUAUAAUAAUUAUCAAGAAAUUGAAUUAGAUCAUAUUAAAUUGUUAAUUUUAGGACUUUUUAUUGCAAUAAUCAUCAGUAUAAUUAUUUGUAUUUUCGAACAUAUAUGGUUUCGGUUACAUAACGAUAUUAAAUUGUCAAACAUACAUUAAUAUCUACAAUAUCCAUGAAAGAUUGUUUUGAUGAAAUGAAAUAUAUGAAAAAGCUCAGAUAGGAGUACGGAUAGUAGUGAUACUGUAGCAUUUCUCAGCCUUUUCUAUGACUUUGUUCGCACCAAAUUAAAAAAUGUUGAACAAUACGAUAAAUUUUUAUUUUAUGAGUGUCGAAAAAUAUUAUAAAAUUCUUUCAUAGGUGUGGCUUUAAAUGAUUGGAUGAAUGUUCUUAUUUCAAUUGUUUUUUCUACUUGUAUUGCGUUUCUUUGUUUCAUUAAAGUAAGUAUUCAGGCCUCUUUUUCUUACAUAACGUGAUAAAUGUCAUCCUCUAAAACUAUUGCAGUAUUUAAGUUUUUGAAAAUGACUAUAUUAUACGAUUGUAUUUUAUAAAAUAUAUAGCUGAACUGUUCAAAAGUUAUUUAUUGUACUUUGUCAUGAACCAAAAUUUGAUUGAAUAAUGAGAUAAUUUUUAAAUAACAGCUUACUAUAGAUUUCAUUUAUACAUUUUCGAAUAUCAUGACUUUAGUACAGUUCAAUUUUUCUAAUAAGGUUUUUAACUAAAGCAUUUGAUCUCAACUUUCUAUCGGUGACCUUUAAAUAUGUAGACCAAUUUUCUCAAGAUUUAUUUAAGUUUAAGGAGAGACUUGAUUUUUAGAUAUAUUAGAUGAAAGGCCCCUUAAAUGCCCAACAAAGCCUAUGAAUCUAUGAGAUAAAUCCUGAAACACGUGUGUUUUUUAUAUUUUAUCAGAAAUAUUAUUCUAACAUUUCAUCAAAAUUGGAUCCUGCAAUUUUGGCGGUUUACAUGAAAAUUUGAAUAGUUACAGCGAUGGUAGUGUUAUCACGUGAUAAAAAAAUGCCUUAGUACGUUUAAUUUUCUGGAAACCCUAAAGGUUUAUACGAUUGGAACAAUAAUUAUAAUAAAAUAUGAAUAGGAUCCAUAAUAGUAAGAUUUUUUUUGAGCUUUUAUUAAAAAUGCACUAUACAUUUUAAAUUAUCGAGUUUAUUGUUUGUUUAAAAGAAAGCUUUUAUUAUUAUGGUCGACGUGAUUCGAUGUAAUUACAGUUAUUGAAGUUUUUAUUUGGAACAAAUUAUAUAAACAUAACUAAUAUAAGGAAUAAAUAAAAACUUAUAAAUUAUGACUAACGAAACAUUACAACGGCAUGUAUUUUUACAUUAUUUACAUGUAGUAAAAUAAUUGAUGACGAAUAUAGUUAUAUCAUAUAGUAUA